AAUUACCCGUUCUCGAUGUAGAGGCCGGCGUGAGCUCUCUAACGAAUAUGCCUCCUUGGAUUUUGGAAAGUGCAAAGUGCAAGUAAGGCAGGCACCAUGGCCUAUGCCCAGAACGGUACCGCGAUCCCGGACGAAAUUUCUCUGUCAGCCGUCCGGGAAAUCGUCGUUCAGGAUGCGAUCUCCAACCUGAAUCGUCUGAACGAGCAAAUGAUGAAGAGCAGAGACGUCCCGAUAUGGUUCCUGGAAGACUACGAACAUUUCGCGAUGAUUCUGGAAGAUUUUCAAGAGCCGGAGUUCGACAUGGUCGACGCAAUGGGCUCUCCGACCGGGAACACCAGCCCGGACGAGACGGGAUCGAGAAACGGAGACGCGACACGGUCCCCGAUGCGGAGCGUAGUUCGGAUACAGCUACCGAAUGAACAGCACACUACAAUUCAGGUGCGAACCGGUCAGACCGUUAUGGAGGCGCUCGCAAAAGCGAUGAAGAGACGGAAACUCAGCCCUGAGAUGUGCGUCGUGUACAAGGAAGCCUCCGGCGAGAUGAUCGAGUGGAACACGGACAUGGGCGAACUCGAAGGCGACACAGAGAUCUAUGUGAAGAUCCGCGACAAGUAUCCGAUCGCGACUUCGAUCUCGCACAAUUACGUUCGGAAAACGUUUUUCUCGUUGGUGUUCUGUGAAUGUUGCCGCAAGUUAUUGUUUCACGGUUUCCGAUGCCAAACUUGUGGUUAUCGAUUCCAUCCCCGAUGUGCAGACGCCGUUCCCGCCUUGUGUCAACCGCUGGGAGUGGAGCAACAAUACUUGAAGCAUUUGUUGGCGUUGAACGAUGGUCUCGAACCAGCUCCGAGCUCCUAUAUCCCGUUCAUAGAAGAAUGCAACCUACAGCGGGCAGCGAACUCGAAUCGGAGUGCUUCCGGAAGCAAUCUCGCGGGCCAACUGGAACGAUCGACAUCGGUGCCAAACGUCUCGUACAACGCAGUGAAUCAAGAGUUCCCUGAUUUCCCUCGAUUCAAACAGCUCCACUCGUCUCCAGCACCGGGUCUAGCCCCUCCGAGGUCCAGCCAGAUUUCUUCAUCGCCCACGCGGACCCAGAGUGCGCAGGGCUCACCGACGUCAUCGCACAAAAUUCCUAGACCGAGGGCUCGUUCGGCCGAUGAGUCGUCCAAGAAAUCUGUCAAUCAGAAAGCAACGAGGGAAUCGAAUGAAGACUGGGAGAUACUGCCGGAAGAGAUACUGACUGGGCCCAGAAUUGGGUCGGGCUCCUUCGGAACGGUAUACCGUGGCCAUUGGCACGGUCAUGUGGCCCUGAAGAAGCUGAACGUAACCGAUCCGACGCCAGCACAGCUUCAGGCGUUCAAGAACGAAGUGUCCGUACUGCGGAAAACGAGACACAUGUGCAUCAUUCUCUUCAUGGGCUGCGUUUCCAAUCCCCAUCUGACGAUCGUCACGCAGUGGUGCGAGGGCUCCUCUCUCUACAAACAUCUCCACAUCGUAGAAACCCGAUUCGAAUUGCAGCACAUCAUCGACAUCGCCCGGCAGACCUCGCAGGGUAUGGAUUAUCUCCACGCAAAAAACAUCAUUCACCGGGAUCUCAAGAGUAACAAUAUUUUCCUACACGACGAUUUAACGGUCAAAAUCGGAGACUUCGGACUGGCGACCGUGAAAGCCCGGUGGAGUGGUUCCACGCCGUUCUCCCAACCUACAGGCUCUAUACUGUGGAUGGCUCCCGAAGUGAUCCACAUGAAGGAUCCGAACCCAUAUUCAUAUCAGAGUGACGUUUACGCUUUUGGCAUCGUACUUUACGAGUUGGAAACUCAAUCUCUGCCGUACAGCAAUGUGAACAACAAAGACCAAAUUCUCUUCAUGGUCGGCAAAGGCUUUCUCAAGCCCGACAUGAGCAAAGUGAGAAGAGACGCGCCAAAAGCUUUACUACGGCUCACCGAAGACUGCAUCAAAUACAAGCGGGAAGAUCGGCCUUUAUUCAGACAGAUUCUCGCAUCUCUCGAGUCCCUGAAAAGGUCGCUGCCGAAAAUUCAUCGGUCCACAUCAGAACCUACUCUCAAUCGGACUCAUCUGCACAGUGAGGAAAUGCAAUUCACCUGUGCAUCACCGAAGACGCCGUCGCAAUUCGGGAGCCCCGCUUAUUCGUUUUUUUCGAAUACGGGUAAUUUCUGAAUGCUGCUGCUGUCAGCAAAAUGGUGGACAGCGUUGUUAUGGAUAUUUGUUAUUUCUUGAUUUUCAGCCGCUCGGGUGCGUAGUCUCGCUCCGCGUACGGAAGCGUGCGCAGAAGGACAGACGUAAAUCUAUGUGCUCAGAGGGUGUGGGUAUUGGGCGAAUCAUCUUCCGAUAGCACCAUCUCGGCUGGGUCUCUAUGUAUAGAAUGGCUGUACAAAGCAACCAGGAAAGGAAUCAGAUCAACGCUCUUGUUGAUUCCUCGAGUACGGAAGUAAAUAUCGGAAACUAAUUUGUGAAUUGUGGAGAAUCGAUCAGAUCAAUGUCGCCUCACGCUUGUUCGCGACAUAUUGUACAAAGAAGAGAACGAUGAUCAAAAUUUGUUCCGAAGAUAAUGAUUGAAAAGUGAGAAUUAUAAGGAUAAUAA